AUGAAGUCUUUGGUUCUCCUACUCCUGACCACUGCGGUAUAUGCGGAUGGCCUCGUGGCUAGACACAGAGGUGAAGAGUUCAACAUACACGUCCGUCAUGAAGACGGUGCCUCACACCAGCCCAAAACGCUCUCCAAGCGAGCUUCGUGCGGUAAAGGUGCUGGCUCUUGUCCCAAGGGACAAUGCUGCUCUGAAUCCGGCCAAUGUGGAACUAUGUCUGCUUAUUGCACCUCACCAGAAUGCCAGAUGGCUUAUAGUAAUGGCAACUGUGAUGGCAGCAAGAAGCCAAAAGGCGAGACUACAGCAAAUAUACCCAGAUCAACUACUGGCAAAGCUCCAUAUGACAAGUACAUCAUCACCUGCACUACUCCUGGGAUAGUGGCACUCACUUUUGAUGAUGGCCCUUAUAAGUAUACCAAUCAAGUCCUAGAUGUCCUUAAAAAGCACAACAUCAAAGCGACGUUCUUCAUCACUGGAAACAAUCUAGGAAAGGGCCAGAUUGAUGACCAUUCCAAACCCUGGCCCAAGAUCCUCCGCCGCAUGCACUCUGAAGGCCACCAGCUCGCUUCUCACAGCUGGUCACAUCAGGAUCUCUCGGCUGCAUCUGAUGAGAUCCGCAAACAGCAGAUCAUCUACAACGAGAUGGCCUUCCGCAACGUCCUUGGCUUCUUCCCCAAGUACUUGCGUCCCCCUUAUGGAACCUGCUCGCGAGAUUCCGGCUGUUUAGACUACGUGACCAAGCUCGGUUACCAUGUUGUAAACUGGAACAUUGAUACUAAAGAUUACCUAAAUGACUCACCGAGCAAGAUACAGACCAGCAAGAACACUUUCUCGGACAGCGUCUCCACUGACUCAAAGUCGAAUAGCUACAUCGAGUUGAGCCAUGAUAUACAUGAGCAGACAGCUUACAACCUGACUGAAUUCAUGAUCAAGACUCUAAAAGCUAGAGGAUACCAUGCUGUCCCUGUUGGAGAGUGUCUUGGAGAUGCCCGUGAGAAUUGGUAUGUUGAUGCCAAGGGCACAAAGUCCGGUAGGUCAAUCCAAGGAAGAGGCAGUUACGAUCCUCCCCCUACUUCCCCAGCAAUUACCAAAGAUGGUACUUGUGGUGCCAAGAAUGGUCUCAAGUGCACAGGAUCCAAAUGGGGAAACUGCUGCUCGUACUACAACUUCUGUGGUUCGACAUCAGGCUACUGUGACGGCGGAUGCCAAUCCAAAUACGGAGAGUGUAACAAGAUAAAGUUGGACAGCAAGCUUAUUGUCUCGGACAACGGACUCUGCGGCGAGAAGUAUCACCAGACCUGCGCGGGAUCUCGUUACGGUAACUGUUGCUCUAAAUACGGCAACUGUGGUAAGACGAGCGAGUACUGCGCAAGCGGGUGUCGGAGUGGCUUCGGAACUUGUCCAUACUCUUAA